AUGGCCGUCAGUAUCAUGAAUAAGUAUGCCUCAAUGUGGAACGGAAGCUUGACCAACGACGACUUGUCCGAACAGAAAUAUCCUUACCACUACGGGGUCUUGCGGUCUACAGAAGAAAUCUCGAACCAGUUCUAUUGUCUCGUGUUUGUUUUUGUCUCGGCCGUCAGUGGAAUUCUUGAGUCGCAUUACCAACUUCAAGACUUGCCUGUCAGGAUGGCUGUGGCUGUCAUGGCGAUCAUACAGCAGCAAAUCCAUGCCACACAACUUGUUUUGGGACGGCUCCCCAGCGAGAUUAUCCACCGAUCCAUAUGCGUCAUGACUUUCCGUGAGGCCGUUCACCGUUUUUGCGCUAUUGGCGAGGAAUCGAAUGGGUGUCUUGGCCAAAUCGACGCUAGAAGCGAACAGGGCGGCAUAAUUUCACAUUCCUCCUGA